AAACAAGACCAUACACCAAUUCCGGUUGCCCUCCAUGGGGCCAAACAAGUCUUCAUUUUCAUGCAUGCAUAUUUUUGUGGUCGUUGGUUGGAGCAGAGACAAUUUUCUAUUUAAUAACUUGUCGUUUUAAACCCCAGAGUCCCUAAUAACUCUGCCAUGGAUGCAUUCCUAGCCAAGUUAUCCUACCAUGCCACCAACUACGCUAUUAGGUCUUGUCUCGCUCUGACAUCCACCUACGUUAUCCAGCAAGGUUCAAGAUUAAUUAAAACUGUUGAUGACGACCCUCUACGGGUUGAGUUGAGUCACUUACAACGACGGUUAGCUCGCAAGAUCGAGCUCAUCUCCCCUAUACUCGAGUCUAUCGAGUUUCGCUAUGCUAGAGGAAACUCGACUUUAGAGGCUGUAGUCCACACAGCACAGGAGCUACGCGCCAAUGUCGACUCCCUAGGGAAGCGCCUUGAAGCUGCUGCCUUAGCAGACCAAUCCCGCCAAAAUGGGAGACCUAACGGCUCCGCAGCCGCUGCGUCUGUGCGCCGCAUGGAAAUCCAGAACAUUAUCGCAGACAUCAAACAAUUGAUCGAGGAUAUUGAUGAUUCCAUACCUCUUAUAAAUCUUUGGGUGUCGGCAAUCGGGGGCAUACAAACCCAGCACUCGGCAUUCUCCCCCUCGCGUUUGCUACAGGCUAGCAUGCUUGUGAAUGUCGGCGAUACCCAAUACAUUCUCAACCCCGGCAGACCCAUGCAGAUCGGCCCGGAUUUUGUGCUGUCUAUCUACAUGCUAUUUCGUGCCCAUGCUUCUUCUCCCGAAGACGCGGCCGAGCCAUAUGGAAUAGAAGAGGGCCAACGAAAACCGCUAUGGCAGGAAGUAAUCCACAAGGCCCGCGUCAGGCUCCGUAGGAUACCACUCGAGGAUAACGGUCCCGGCGCGAGCGGCAACACAGAGCAUAAUACCUCGUAUGUAAGUUACGCGUACGAACUUCAAAUUGUGGAGGAUCUAGACGACGGCCGUGUUCACACAGUGGAGGAUGGGAACGCGCAGCCGAGUUCUUACGAGGGUGUCUCCAGUGCUGGUAUACGGGAAUUUAUCCCGGUCCACCAAAUCUCGAAAAUGUUUUACGCGGACGUUGGAAGGAUUCUGAACAUAAAUAACGAAGAUGGCGCCUCUCGUAGUCCCGUAUUACUACUAAAAAGGGAUGUGAAGGCCAUACCUCCAAACCAAGUGCAGCAAAAUCACAUGUCUCUGACCGAACAACAACAACAACAACAACAACAACAACAACAGUUAAUUGAAUGCCUAGAUGAGAGUGACUUCUCCGACGGAAAUUUGGACGGCGACACCCAGUACGAACUAGACCGUCAACUUAAUCUAGAAACUAAAAUUACGGCACGGACAACAAAUAGAUCCUCACCAACCGCACCCACCAAUUCCUGGAGACUGCCGCAGGACCUUGAUCCCGCAUGGAUAGCCCUCGAAGUAUUCGAGGUGGGCAGCGACGAGGAGAACGACACGACGGACGACGAAGACGAGCACACGCCCGAGGAAGAGGACGAAGGAGAAUACAGAACAGAGAAAGACCACCGACAUCAUCCGAAUUUCAACAACCCCCGCCGAUUAAAGAAUAGCAGCACCCGCCCAUCCGCCGACUCGAACCUCGUCACACAGCUCAGCCGGAUGAGCAUCGCCUCCACAUCCUCGCGCUCGUCCUCCCGCAACUCCGGAGCGCUGGUCCCGGACCCUAAGAAGUUCGACGAGGACCUGCUGGAGCGGUCGCCCUUCGGCGCCAUCCAAACCUCGCUCUCGCUCCUCGAGAUGAUGCUCCGCCUCGCGAGCCUGCAGGAGUUCGAGCAGACCACCCACCUCGCCAUCUCCGACCACGUGCUGAGGUUCUACCUCGACGAGUCCAUCUCGCGGGCCGAUGCCGACGCGCCCGUUCACCGCGGCCUUAGUAGGGAGCGGAACUAAACUGAUGAGGUAUCGGGCGCAAAUGGCUUCUUCGGCGAUGGCGGUGGCGGUGGCGAUUUCUUGGGUGGGAGAUUACGUCGAGAAAGAGUUGAUGAAUCAAGUGCCUGACUUAAUGAAACUGGAUCUAAAAAAAAAGUUGGCUAUAAGGAUUACAAGUAGACUAAAUAGGAGGUACCUAACUGAACCUACCUGGCAUAGACAGGCUCAUGUGAGGGUGUCAAUACUAAAUUGGUGGUACCUGGCGUUAUACGUCAGAGAAGCGAAAAGGUGAUGAGAUGAAGGUAAUCAUAAUGCAAAGUUUCAGAACACAAUUGGCCAUUAUAGUCAAUAGAAGAAGCGUUUCAUUUCCAUCGCGAAUUUAUUUACAACAAACCCUCCCUUCCCAUCUACACCCUUAUCAGGAGAAGCAGAGAGGGGGGGGGGGGAGGGGGAGGGGGGUGAAGAAUAAAUAUAUUUGCAGUAACUCUAAUCAAACACGAGUAACAACUAAUCCAUCCGAAU